CUACAUUGGAUAUCAGGCCAUGACGGGGUGCCAGGGAAUGAAGAAGCAGACAAGGAAGCUAAGAGGGCAGCAAAAGACAAGAGAGACACCAGCAACCACAAUAAACUCCCUCCAUUCCUCCGAAAGAACUCUCUCCCAUGUAGUAUUUCAGCACUGAAACAAGCGCAAAGAACGGAGUCAGCCGCACAAUGGGCAAGAAUAUGGGCCAAGUCGCCCAGAUAUCAAAGAGCGGCAGCAAUCGACCCCAACCUUCUCUCAGGAUCGUUC